AUGCAGUACCACGAUGCCGACACUCUGCUCGAUGGCUUCGAGAACAACACGAAGCGCUUCGUCAAGAUCCUCUGCGAGGCUGCAGAUGAUGCGAUGCCCAUACCUGAUAGGCAAGACAUUGAGGAGGACAUUUAUGACAUCCUCUACAACCAGGUUGGCAAUCCCAAUGACAACAUGCCCUCCGAUCUCACAAGGAGGUAUGAGGUGGUGAUCAAGCCGCAGACCAAACAGAAAGCUCUCAAGCUGCGAGAAAUCAACGCUGACCAUAUUGGCAGGCUUGUCACAGUUCAGGGCAUCGUCACUCAAGUCACAGAUGUCAAGCCACUCCUGACAGUGGCCACGUACCUCGACAAGAAUGAGGCCACAGAGGCAUACCAGGAGGUCUCAGGCAGGACAUACACCCCGCUGGAUGGGGCGCCGCAGAAGGACCGCGCAGGGCCCCAGCCGGAGCUGCGCAUGCAGACGCGCGGCUCCAAGUUCGUGCGCUUCCAGGAGAUGAAGCUGCAGGAACGUGCAAUCGAGGUGCCGCAGGGGGCGACGCCGCGCAGCCUGGUGAUUCACCUGCGCAGCAGCCUGACGCGCACGGCCAAGCCGGGGGACGCGGUGAUGGUGUCGGGCAUCUUCCUGCCGCAGCCAUACACGGGGUUCAAGGCGAUGCGCGCGGGGCUGCUCACCACCACCUUCCUGGAGGCCAUGCUGGUCACCCAGGAGAAGCGCUCCUACGCGCAGACCGCCGAAGACGCCACCCUGCGCGCCAAGAUCGACGAAAUAUCGCAGUCCAACGACGUGUACGACAGGCUGGCGGCCAGCCUGGCGCCGGAAAUCUUUGGGCACGAGGACGUGAAGAAGGCGCUGCUGCUAUGCAUGGUGGGCGGCGUCACUCGCCAGCUGCCCGACGGCAUGAAGAUCCGCGGCGACAUCCACGUCUGCCUCAUGGGCGACCCCGGAGUGGCAAAGAGUCAGCUGAUCAAGCACAUUGCCCACAUCUCCCCGCGGGCGGUGUACACAACCGGCAAGGGGUCCUCCGGCGUGGGCCUCACUGCCGCGGUGCAGCGCGACCCAGUCACCGGAGAAAUGGUGUUGGAGGGCGGUGCGCUGGUGCUGGCCGACAAGGGCAUCUGCUGCAUCGACGAGUUUGACAAAAUGGAGGAGAGCGACCGCACAGCCAUCCACGAGGUGAUGGAGCAGCAGACGGUGAGCAUAGCCAAGGCGGGCAUCACCACGACUCUUAACACGCGCACCACGCUGCUGGCCGCCGCCAACCCGGCUUACGGCCGCUACGACCCCUCGCGAUCCCCGGCCGACAACAUCGCCCUGCCCGCCGCGCUGCUCUCCCGCUUUGACAUCAUGUGGCUCAUCCUCGACAAGGCCGACGAAACCCAGGAUCGGCGGCUGGCAACGCACGUGCUGUCGGUGCACAAGAUGGGCUGCGCGCCAAAGCCCACGGACGGCCCCGAGCCUCUGGCGCCCGAGCUGCUGCGCGCCUACAUCGCUGCCGCCAAGACCUACGACCCCCACUUUCCCCGCGAGCUCACCGAGUACGUAGCGGCGGUGUAUGCGGAGAUGCGGCAGGAGGAGGCGCAGGCGCAGGUGCCGCACAGCUACACGACCGCGCGCACGCUGCUCUCCAUCCUGCGCCUCUCCCAGGCCCUCGCCCGCCUCCGCUUCUCCCAAUUCGUCGCCCAGGCAAGCACCAACCCGCUACCGUUGACACCCUUCUCCCAGGGGAAAACCUCCACCGACGCGGACGUGGACGAGGCGCUGCGGCUGAUGCGGAUGAGCAAGGUGUCGCUGCUGGAGAGCGGCGGCCGCGCGGAGCAGCGCGACCCGGUCUCCCUCGUCUACGAGGCCCUGCGUGACGACGCCCAGCGCAGCGGCAAGCAGACCUACACCUGGGCCGACCUCAACACACUCCUCGGCCACAAAUUCACCGCUGAGCAGAUACGGGCGGCUGUGGAGGAGUAUGCCGAGUACAAUGUGUUCACACUGGACCACCCACAGCCUGGCCAGCCCACAGUCCACAUCGGCGGCGAUGACAUUGCAGAGCAAUGA